CGCUGGGUCCAGACCAUGGUCUUCACCAUCGAGGAGAUAAACAGGAACCCCGCUCUUUUGCCGGGGGUGAAGCUGGGAUACCGGAUUCUGGACUGCUGCGAUCACGUUCACACCAGCCUGCAGAGCGCGUUCACUCUGGUCAACAGAUCCUCUAACCUUGACGUGGAAGCUUCUGCAGCCAGUAGUCCACGCUGCCUUUCUAAAGCUCCUGUUCCUGCUAUCAUAGGCCUGGCAUCAUCCACCCCGACCAGGACAGUAGCUCACACGUUCGGACCAUUUGAGAUCCCUCUGAUCAGCUACUUUGCGACCUGCACGUGUCUCACCGAUAAGCGUAUUUACCCCUCGUUCCUGCGCACCGUCCCCAGCGAUGUUUUCCAGGUUCAGGCUCUGGUUCAGCUGAUGGAUCAUUUCGACUGGCGUUGGGUGGUCACGAUAGGCACGGAGGACGAUUACAGUCGCUACGGGAUCCAGGCCUUUACGGAGGAGCUGGAGAGACGGGGUGGCUGUGUGACUUUCCACCGUACCAUCCCCAAGGUGCCCGUUCCGGAACAGAUCAGUGGGAUUGUUGAUGCCUUGGAGGCCUCCACAGCUCGGGUGGUCGUGGUUUUCGCAACAGAGGGUCAGCUCCUGGAGCUGCUGAUGGAGGUGGCCCGGAGGAACCUGACAGGCUGGCAGUGGGUGGCCAGUGAGGCCUGGGUGACCGCCAGUAUGCUCACUGCACCUGAGUUUCAACACGUCUUAGCCGGGACGUUGGGCUUUUCCUUCAGAGGAGCCAACAUCUCUGGACUGGCUGAGUUUCUCCUCAAGGUGCGCCCCUCGGCCGACCCCGGGGCCGUCUUCACUAACAUGUUUUGGGAAGAACAGUUUGGUUGCAGGCUAAGUUAUGCUGGCAGUAGGGGCGCAGACAGGCCGCUGUGUACUGGUUUGGAGGAUCUAACCCAGGUGGAAAGCAGUUACACGAGCAUGACUCCGGUGCGAGUCUCCUAUAACGUGUAUAAGGCGGUAUACGCCAUCGCCCAUGCCCUACACCAGCUUCUACAGUGCACCCACUCGGCACAAGACUCAAAUCAGAGGAGCUGUAAGACUGGCACACAGUUCUCACCUGGGCAGUUACUACAGUAUCUGAGGAACGUAAAGUUUACCAACCAGUUUGGAGAGAAAGUGUAUUUCGAUGAGAACGGAGAGCCGGUUCCACUGUACGACAUCAUCAACUGGCAGAGAGACGGGCACGGUGGAAUCCGUUUCCGGAAAGUGGGCAGCUACGAUGGUUCGGCGUCCCGUUGGCAACAGCUUGACGUUAACAUGAACCUGAUCGAAUGGACAGGAGGGCAGAGAAAGGUUCCUUCGUCUCUGUGUACGUCCCCGUGUCCUCCCGGGACUCGACAGGCCACGCGGACAGGACAACCCGUCUGCUGCUUCGACUGUCUGCCCUGCACCGACGGAGAGUUCUCCAACACAUCAGGAGUCACAGAAUGCAUCAAGUGUCCUCUGUAUUACUGGUCCAACGCUGAGAGGGUGGCAUGCGUGGCUGGCAUCGAGGAGUUCCUUUCCUUUCAGGAGGUCAUGGGUAUCAUCCUGGUGGCGCUGUCUCUCCUCGGGGUCGCCGCCGCCAGCGCCGUCUUUGUGAUCUUCUUCCGCUUCAGAACCACUCCUAUAGUCAAAGCCAACAACUCGGAGCUGAGCUUCCUGCUCUUGGUGUCUCUGAAACUCUGCUUCCUCUGCUCACUGGUGUUCCUGGGUCGACCCUCUCUGUGGUCCUGCCAGGCCCGGCAGGCGGCGUUCGGGAUCAGCUUCGUCCUCUGCAUCUCCUGCAUCCUGGUGAAGAGCAUCGUGGUGCUGCUGGCCUUUCGUUCCACCAUGCCGGGUUCCAGCUCCCUGAAGCGCUUCGGUCCGACUCAACAGAGAGCGUUCAUUGUCUUCUGUACUGCCGGCCAAGCCGUGCUCUGCAUGAGCUGGCUGGUAUCGUCGCCCCCGUACCCCUAUAAGAACACCUCCUAUCAGGGCGGGAGGAUUGUGCUGGAAUGUAAAGAUGUCUGGCCACUGGGGUUCUAUCUGGUUCUUGGAUAUAUCGGCGUCCUCUCCUGCAUUUGCUUCAUCCUGGCCUUUCUGGGUCGGAAACUUCCGGACACGUUUAACGAGGCCAAGCUGAUCACGUUCAGCAUGCUGAUAUUUUUCGCAGUUUGGAUCUCGUUUAUUCCGGCGUACAACGGCACACCGGGGAAAUACACUGUCGCGGUGGAGAUGUUCGCCAUCCUGGCCUCCACUUUCGGCCUGCUGUUCUGCAUCUUCGCUCCUAAAUGCUACAUCAUUCUGCUGAGGCCUGAACUCAACACCAAAAAAGGACUGACUGGAAAAAGCUCAAAAUGAGGCAUUCUUAUAAUAUGCGGUCCUAUAGGGCCUAUACUGUAUGGCCAGAACAACACGGACAAUCCUGCUUAGGUGUACAAAAUCCCAUUAAAAGCUCAACCCUCAUUAAACACCUUUGGGAUUGAUUGGAACCUCAACUGGGAAGCCGGCCUUCUCAUCCAACAUCGGUGCCUGACCUCACAACAAAGUCUCAGAGCAGAGGCUGUUAUAAUAAUAAAUACAAAGGAUGCACGCUCAGGGUCAGGUUAGACCAAUGCACAUCAAGUCAACUUAGUUUUUAAAUAAUAUGGACAAAGUGUACUUCAGUUCUAGUCUUUAGCACUGCUGCUUUGUGUGGAUGGCUGGUAAACUCUAUUAACUCUAUAAUACUUUAGAAAAUUAUAAUGUGAAUGGUGGCCUACAGGUGGCGCUGGAGUAAACCAGUGAGGUUUCUAUAUAAUACUGUAAUAAUAAUUGUAAUAAUAAUAAUAAUAGAAAUAAGCCUGUGAUUGUUUUAGCAAGAAGAUGCCGGGCCUCAUUCUGCACAUACAACUACAAAGUGCGUGUGCUUGAGCGGCCUGCCUGUGGUGCAUCAUGAAGAGGACGGCGAGCACGGACUGUCGAGCACCUGAAGUCUCGUAUCAAGCAAAACUGCAACCAUUAGUGUUCUCAGUUCCCCACACAUUAAAACAUCUCAUAAAUAGGAAAGCUGAUGGAACACGGGGGGAACAUGCCCCCAUCCUGACUUUUUUGGAGUGU